CUAAAACUAAUAUAGAAAGCGAAACAUUUAACGGCAGCAAUCGGCUUUCGUUUUCCAUGCUGAUUCGGGAAAACUAAAACAUGAACAUGGACGACAUCGCCAUGGUUGAUUUCACAUUAGAUAAGAUAAAAUGAGUCGAAAAGGGAAAUGAUCAUGAAAACAAGGACUGCUUACCAAAACUAAUCGAAAGCGAAACAUUAACGGCAGCAAUCGGCUUUCAUUUUCCAUGCUGAUUCGGGAAAACAAACACGAAUGGAGGCAUAACAUCGCCAGGAUAGAAAUCACAUUACAUAAGAGAAAAUGGUUCGAAAAGGGAAAUGAUAACAUAAACUGAUAACCAAAACUAAUCGAAAGCAAACAGCAAUUACUUUCGUUUUCUAUGCAGAUUCGGGAAAACUCGAUGGGUUUACAACUUUCAGAAUAGGGAUACUGAUGUACGGUAUAAAAGUCAGAAUACUUUAAGAAAAAGGAACACUCUCUGCACAGGCUGACACUCAACUUCUCCAUAGCUCCACUGCAAUCGUCCUAUAUGUUUGUCUUGAUUUGUUUUGAUUUCCGCCUGACUUAGCUUCCCGGUACUUACAAUGGCAGGCUUGAUAAAGGACAGAACAGUAGGUCACGUGGAAUCUCCAGAAUCGUCAGUCAGACAAUUUGGCAAGCAGUCAGAAAUAAGAGAAAUGAAAGUGACUGAAACAGAAAAUAUUUACAAGACGUACUCACUUCCUCCCAACAAGAUCUACGCUCACCUGAAUGACCUUGAUAAAGCUAUCAAGACUCAGAUAGCCGAGAAAACCGUUGCACUUGAAAGGAUCAUCGCAGAACAAGAGAAGGCGAUAUUUGACAUGGUCGAGAGAAACGCUGAACUUGAAAGGAUCAUCUCAGAACAAAAGAAGAUAAUAUCUGAUCGUGAAUUGGCCUUGAUGGGUAAGCACACUGAAGAACUAAAAGUCAGCCCAUCAAGUCACGUCCAAUCGACUCAAACAGAGGCUCUCCCAUUGUUCCCCAUGAAGCCGACACCGCCUAAGGAUGGAGUGCCUCGGAAGAAUGGUCGUCGCCACAGACGACAUCAAACAUAUCCCUUUUUUCAAGACGGAAUGCCCUCAAACAACUAUCUCCAACGUGACGUUGGCAUCCUAACUGUCUUGCCUUCAAACCCAAAGGAAGGCUUGCCAUUUUUAAUGAUUCCUUUGAAACCGGAGCCCAAAGGAAGGCAUUCGAGUUUGCACAAUGAUCGUGAGCCGCACACACCUGAGGGUCUCCCUCCGAUUCCAGCGGGAGACUUGGAAUCGCCAUCCUUCCACCAUUCUCUCGCCGGUACAUUUAAUGUGGAAAUACCUUCGAUAUCAUGCAAGUUUAACGUGCAAGACCCUUUUUGUAUUUUGGCUGAGCACGUGUAAUGUGUCAGCCGAAGUUCAUUUGUACAGCUUCGAGUCCAGUAAUGACGCUAAUAUUCAUAGGACAUUGGUAUUAACUAUUUAACAAUUAGAUUUUGAUCCCUAGCUAGAUAAUCAUUUAUUGAUUUAAACUGCUUUUUCCCUCAUCCUCAAUGUGAUUUCUUUUGUGUUAUUCCCCUAAACCUCGGCGUCAAGUUAGAAUUUAAAUACAUCGAAAUUAGCCUGUUUAGGAUAAGGCGGGACGCUGGUUUCGACGUGCACACCACUAUUUAAACGUUCACUUAUACAAGUCGCUUGGAAGUUCGCAUCUUUCACAAAUAGCGCGACAAUGUGGCCACGCGAUGGCAGGCUGUCCACAGAUCCUUUGCUUUUUCGAGAUCGCAAGCUUAGCAAAAUGUUAACCUGGUGCGUGGAAUAUGAACAAGCCCUCGAAGAAAAAUAACUCGCAGCAAAAACUAAACGCCUGUGGAGAGACUAACAGGAUUGAAAAAAGAAGAUUUUGCCUGUAAAGGAACUUUACUUUGCAGACGCAUAGAUCUGAAAAUUGAACAGAAAUACCAAUGAUUGUAAAGAAAAUGCUGCAUAAGAGAUUAAAUAUGGUCUAUAAUCUAAACUUUGUAACUGUUGUCAAAAAAUUGGA